AUGGAAUAGGAUUAUAUAAAAUAGAUUUAAAAUUUGCAAUAAAAUAUCAAUCUAUUAGAGACAAUAUCAACCAUCACAGAAUUAACUAUAUUUGGAGAUUAAAAGAAUUAAGACCUGUUUGAGUAUGUAAUUUAUAAAUUCCUUGUUUAUUUAUAGAGAAGAAAAUAUUUGAAGAGUUUCUUAAGAUUUUAAAAAAAACAAGCGAUGUAGAUUUGAUAAUCGCAGUAUUGCAAUCUGUUUCAAUGCUAUUGUAAAAUUAAUCCUUAAAAAUAAUUUAGUACUAAUAUUACGAAGAACUAAAUCGUUUUACUCUCUUUACCUUAAUUAAAUGAAUUCAUCAUAUUCGAUUAUAAUUUGAAAAAAGAAGAAAUCUCAGACUACUACAUCAAUUUAAUUAAAAUUAUAUCGAAUAAACUAAAUCCUAAGAAUAUUAAUUUAUUUUUCAAUUCUGUAAAUAUUUUAUUUAAGUUUUGUUAGAAAUAUUGUUAGUUCCCAUUAUUACUUUACUCUUAAAAUUUUUUUAAUUCACCAGAUAAUUUAACUAGAACAUAUACUCGACAUUUGUUAUUAUAAAUUUUAAAAAUAACUCUAGAAUCAAAACAAAAGCAAAUUCUAAUAAAGUACUUGUAAUCUUAUCCUUUUUUACAAGUUUUAACUAAUCAUAUGUAAUUUAUGAAAGAUUUGUUCUUAAAAUGCUAAGAAAAAGAUGAUGAAUAUGAUCAAGAGAUAAAAAUCAUGAAUUAUUUCUUUAAGGAUCUUUCAGAAAUUGCUCCUGAAUUGAAAUACGUAAAAGCUUCCAUAUUUUUAAGAUUUUAGAUAAUUUAUUCUUGUAGAUUUUGAUUUUACCAUUUUAUAAAGAUUUAGCAAAUAUUGAUGAUAAUAGGAAAACUUUAUGCUUUUAAAUUAUUUUACAUUUUCUAUAAAACGAAAUUUAUAAAAGUGAAAGAUUGUCUUUUGGAAUUUUAGCAUUAAUUUUUUCUCAUGAAAUACCAUAAAUUUAAACAUUUGAAUUUGAACCAAAUUACCUUCCUGUUAAUGAUUCAGAUUUAAAAGAUAUUUGCUCCCAAUUUUUUUAAUAAUAAUAAGAAGUACCAUUAUUUGUAUCUAAAUCAGUAUUUUUGGAAAAAAUUAAUUACUCUUUAUCAUUUAUUCCAUAUUUAAUAAAUUAUUAAUCUAUAAAUCCCUUGUCAAAACAAUAAUAAUUUGAAAAUUUAUUAAAAAAUGAUAUGAUAACUAAUUUAUAGAUGGCUAGCUAAAUGAAAAAUAAGUAUCAAUAUAACGUAUAUAAUAUAUAUGCUUAAAUGGAUUCUUUAAAUUCUAAGCAUUAUUAUUAAGUAUUGAAUAUCUUGGAUAUUUUAGUGGAGAAUAGACAUAUCUAUUAAAUGACUUUGGCACAAAAGAUAAUAUUUCUUAUAAAUUUAGUAAACAUUAUGAUUAAUGAAUAAGAGAAAGAAUUAAAUACAAUUGAGAAUUGUAAGAAAACAGUUAAAAUAGUGAAGGAAUUACUUUCAAAACACGAAAAACAAUUUACAAAGGCUUUUAUAAGAUCUAAUAUUUUAAAGAAAAUGGAAAUUCAUUUUUUAAAAUUAGAGAAUCUUUAUUAUAAAUACUUUUUAAAAAUUUAAUAAUGUAUAGAAGAUGAAAAUAUUGAAGUAUUUAUCAAAAAAUCAGAAACACAUCAAAUAAUAAGAUUUUUGUUGUUGUUAAAUGUGAUUUUUGAAAAGGGAUGGUUAAUAAAUACAUUUAAAUAGCUUAAUUAUAAUUUAGAUUUUGAAGAAAAGACAUAUAAAAAUGGAGAGAUAAAAUUAGUAAAUUGUCAAGCAAUUAUUGAAGAUGAUAUUUAUAAUAUAGAAGGAUUAGAAGUAGAAUAUGAUGAAAAAGAAGAUUAAAUAAUUUUGGUGGAUGUGCUUGAUGAAAAGAAAAUUUAAAAUUUUAAUGAUAAGACUGAGUUGGAAGAUUUUUGUAGAGAAUUAAAGAUAAGAUAAUAAGCUUAAGAACAACACUUUAUUCCAGAAAUAUUAAAACAAUUAGAAAAAUUAUACUUAUGA